AUGGAGGCGCACUUGCCCACCCCACGUGCGUCAAUGAUCAUCGGAUCCCCGCGAUUUCCACCAAAUACACAGCAACAAUCUGCUCAGGGCGUUGCUUUGUCAUCUGCUGCCAUAUCAACCGACAAGCCCGUCCAGGAGAAGCAAAAGGAGAAACAAAAAGAGAAACCGAAGGAGAAGUCUCAGGCUCGACCGCCGUCCGUCAACACGCCUCCAAUAUCAUUGACGUCGAAUGUGUCUGUUGAGCCCUUACGACCUCGGACAUACUCUGCCCCCGUAUUUUCGACUUUAUCCCUUCCGCCUGGUACGAAUGCUGUGAGCGAUGUCUUAAACUCCAACGGCUCCCCGAGACCGAAUAUCAUUCGCAGGCUCUCUCGUGGCGCUGCUAAUAAACUCUCAAGACGCCGUUCAGGCUCCGUACACGAACGUGACGAGACUCACGGACCAGUUAUCAUGAGACACCGAAGUAGCAGCAACGCGAGUGAGUCGGAUCCGUUUCUCUCCGAUAAGGAUCUGAAUGAAUAUGCAUUGUCGAACCCGCCUAUCGAAGCUCCCGGCGAGCUACGUCAUCGUAGAUCUAGCAGCCUGGUAGACCUACUGGAAGCCGUACCACCGGAUGAGGGACCGCCGGAAAUACCGAUGCUGUUGCAAACGGGCACGCCGAUGACCCGUGUAACAAAAAGGAAGAAAACCUUACGAUACUUUGUUUUAGAAGGCAAUACAGCUCGGGUCACUUGGGAUCCAUUGAAGCCGUCGGCUAGGUUUUAUUUGGAUGACGUUAAAGAAAUCAGGACAGGGGAAAACGCGAGGAAUUAUCGUGAAGGCUUCCAAGUUACUUCCGAGUUUGAAGAUCGUUGGAUCACCAUAAUAUAUUCGGAACAUAUUGAAAACGGGCGACUCAGGACUCUUCAUCUGGUUGCUCCUACGAAGGAACUAUUCCAACUCUGGACACAAACAUUAGAGGCUUUGUUGAACUACAGAACAGCCCUGAUGGCGGGAAUUGCCACCCAAGGUGACAAAGUUUUGGGUACCCAUUGGAAACGUGAGAUAUCGAGUCAAUCGAAUUCAGUCACAACUGAUAGGAAAGACGAAAAACUUUCUUUUGAAGAAGUGGAUCGGCUAUGCCGGCGAUUGCAGGUUAACUGCUCCAAACAAUAUCUCCGCGCUCGAUUUGACCGUGCGGACGUGGAAAAGACCGGCUUUUUAACAUUCCAACAAUUCCAAAGCUUUGUGAGAAUUCUAAAGGAAAGGACCGAUAUACGUCGUAUCUGGGAGAGCGCCGUCGAAGACCCGAUAGGGGGGAUGCAAGAGGAUGAGUUCCGAAAAUUUAUAAAAGAAGUGCAAAAGGAGUGUGGCGAGCAAGACGAACAACGUAUCUCCGCAGUUUUCAAAAAGCUUGUUAAACGGUCAUGGAACGCAAGUGAGAAGGCGGGAGAUGCACUAGAACGUGAUCGGAUAUCACUCUUGGGGUUCACUGACUAUCUACAAUCUCCGAUAUAUAACUCCCCUUUAAACCCACCAACAGACCCGGAAACCCGCCUUGACAGGCCUCUGAACGAAUAUUUUAUUUCGAGUUCCCAUAAUACAUAUCUUUUGGAACGCCAGGUUGCAGGGGAAUCAUCAAUCGAAGGGUAUAUUCGCACACUUCAGCGUGGUUGUCGUUGUGUGGAGAUUGACUGCUGGGAUGGCGAUGAUGGAAAACCAGUUGUCACCCAUGGGCGAACUCUAACAUCCAAGGUGUUAUUUUCAGACGUUGUUAAAACCAUAGGGAAAUAUGCGUUUGUAGCCAGUCAGUACCCUGUUAUUCUCUCACUCGAGGUGCAUUGUGGAGUUGAGCAACAGAUCAUCAUGGCAGAAACCCUCAAAAUAAUGUUGGGAGACAGGCUGGUGAUUGCUCCAUUGAUUUCAAACUCAAUGACCUUACCGUCGCCGCAAGAGUUGAAAAAUAAGAUCCUGAUUAAGGUCAAGGGUCAUGAUGAUCUGAUUCUAUUCAGCUCUGAGAUAUCCGAUACAAUGCUCGGGUCAUCUUCAGUGCACCCAGCAGUGAAGGGCAGAGCACAAAAGGAUGUAGGCGUUACAGGUACAGCAAGUAGCAGCAAUUCUACAGAAGAAAGCGAUGAGCUGGGGACAACAUCGGGCGGGAGUCAUCAGAAUGAUAAACUUGGAAAGGCGCCACGGGCAAUCAGUAAAAUUGCAAAGGAGCUAGGAGAGCUUGGUGUCUACACACGAGGGCAAAAGUUUAAAAACUUUUCACUGCCAGAAAGCAAAAGUUUCAAUCAUGUGUUUUCUCUUGCUGAAAGAACCUUCAUCAGUCUCUGUAAAGACAAAGAAAAAAAGGCCCAGCUAGAGAAACACAAUCUGCGGUAUCUUAUGAGGGUUUAUCCUUCUGGAUGGCGCGUUACUUCUAGGAAUUUUGACCCACUCACAUUUUGGCGCCGCGGUGUUCAGAUGGUAGCGUUGAAUUGGCAGACAUAUGACACUGGUGUGCAGUUGAAUGAUGCCAUGUUUGCUUCGGUAUCUGACCGGGCAGGGUACGUCCUCAAGCCCUCGGAACUACGAAGCCACAGACUUGCUCCCGACUCCCUGUACCCUGACAACGCUGCUGCAAAGUUGGGCCGCAAGCUAGUUAGAUUUUCGGUGGAGAUUAUUUCAGCACAGCAAUUACCGAGGGUCGGCAAAGAUCGUGACUGCCUUGAUUCAUAUGUUGAGAUUGAGGUUUUCAGUGCUGACGAUAAGGCGCGAGGCUUGGUCACGGCGAAUGGGGGCAUUGAUAAAAGUGGCUCUGGGGGGAUGUCUGGCCUUGGCGCCCCUCAAAGACGCAGAACGAAAACAGUAAAAGGAAAUUUGUUCGCACCUACAUGGAAUGAGCGUCUUACUUUUAGUGUCGAAACUCGUUUUGAGAGCUUGGUCUUUCUCCGGUUUGUCGUCUACAACGAUGAUGGGAACGGGGAUAGGACAUUGAAGGCUAGCUAUUGUCUAAAGCUAGUCAAUGCUGCACAAGGGUUUCGGCACCUGCCUUUAUAUGAUACUGGGGGGGAACAAUUUCUGUUUAGUAGUUUGUUUGUUAAGAUAGACGUUGAGCCCAUCCGCGCGGCUCUCCCUGCCGCUACUAAACAGUCAACUGUUGAUGCGCUCAAGUCAGCAGCCAAAAAUAUGCUUCGAAUUUCCUCAGAUAUUCUUCAUGGCAGUGCCUCUGUGGAUACACAUAGCACUAGUGAAAAGGAGAGGUAA